UAAUCUCAACAAAAACACCCGCCAAAUGCGAAAGUUAUUUGCUCGUCGAGGUUGACACUACUACAACUCUCCUCUCGCCGUUCGUCCUUGGCAAAAUUCGCAUGGUUUUCUUCCACAACAUUUCGUGUUCUAGGGUUUUGAGAUCUUAAUCUCCUUACAAUGGGGAUCGUGAUCGAGAGCGAAGUGUGGGAACCGAAGCCCUCCCUCUAUAUCUUCCUCUUAUGCUCCUCUCUUUUCUCACUCAUUCUUCUCCCUUAUUUCACGAAGAACUCCAACAGAACAACAGGUCUCUUCGAUCCUUCAGGCGUUCCGGCUUCAUUCCUUCGUUUUCAGAGAAGUUUCCUUCUCAUCUAUUCACUCGUUUCAGUAAUGGAAGGUCUCGGAUCAGUGUUUGGGGAGUUUGAAUAUGCUUCCCAUGGUAUUAGCAGGGAACAGAUAGUGUUGUCUCUCUGCGUAGGAUCUGCCGCUUCUCUGCUCAUCGGUUCCUUAUUAGGCAUACUCGGUGAUCUAAUAGGUCAAAAGAAAGUUUGCUUACUGUUCUGUGUCCUCCAUCUAUUCGUUGGCAUCUGGAAGAGGCUGACCAUGCAUCCAUGUGUUUGGGUUGCAAGCAUCUGUUUGGCUGUUGCUUCUUCUAUCUUCUCCUUUGGUUUUGAGACGUGGAUGGUUGCUGAACAUGAAAAGCUGGGUCAUAGGCAGGAUUUUUUGAGUGACACUUUUUGGCUGAUGGCUUUUUCUGAGUCUGCCUCUCAUAUUGGAAGCCAAGUUCUUGCUAAUUGGCUGGCUGAUAGUAGUAAUGAGCAAAGAUUCGAUUUUCCUUCUACUGCCGUGAUUUUCUUGGCUACAAUAUGUCUAAUCUAUGUCACAAGAGAAUGGAAAGAAAGUCCAAAUGUAUCAUCCAUUAGGAGCUAUAAGAUGUCAUUUUCCACCAUCAUUCUUGGAGAUAAACGGGUAUGGUUAUUGGCAUGGGCGCAAGCAUGUCUUCAGUUUUCCAUUAUGGUCAUCUGGAUUCUGUGGGCACCAACAGUUGUGGCUGACGGACGAGAAGUGAAACUAGGGAUGAUAUAUCCAUGUUUCAUGGGUGCAAGAAUGCUAGGUAGCACUGCAGUUCCAUGGUUCACAGGCGGACCAUCGCCAGUUCGCAGUGAGGAUUAUUUGCUAUUUGCAUUCAUUGUCAAUGCAAUUGUCUUGUCUAUAGUAGCUUAUGAUUAUCAGGAAAUCGGGGUUUUGGUGACACUGUUCUGUGUCUUCCAUGCUUGUGUUGGCUUGAUACUACCUUCUCUUGCACGACUGAGGACCAUGUAUGUGCCGAAUGAAUUGCGUGGGGGGAUGAUAAACCUGUCCACCGCUCCUGCAAAUGCAGCAAUGGUGUUUGUUCUGAUCCAGGGGGGAUACCACCGAAACUUUGGGAAUGCAACAAUAAUGGCAUUUGCUGCUUUUGGGCUGUUCUCAGCUGCUGGUUGCAUGCAUGUAUUGAAGAAGUGGGGGAAGCAACCGCACCAGAAUUGGCACAAGUUGUAACUAAACCCUAAACCCAAUUCCAGGCUGAAUUGGAAUGCCAGAAUGGCCUGAGAUUCUGGGUUCAUGUUUUUCUUUUAUCAUCCGUCGAACUGAUGAAAAAUGGGGAAAGGUAAAAGGUGAAAUGCAGAAUUUUCUUUCACCGCUGGGG